CCCCGCCCCGUGCCGGUCCCGGCGCAGCUCGGCGGGGUUCGGGCGCAGCGAUGGACACCUUCAGCACUAAGAGCUUGGCCCUGCAGGCCCAGAAGAAGCUCUUGAGCAAAAUGGCCUCCAAGACCAUAGUCAACGUCUUCAUUGACGACACAAGCAGCGAAAUCUUGGAUGAGCUCUACCGGGCCACCAAGGAGUACACCCGCAACCGCAAAGAGGCCCAGAAGAUCAUCAAAAAUCUCGUCAAGAUCGUCAUGAAGCUGGGCGUGCUCUACCGCAACGGGCAGUUCAGCCCCGAGGAGCUGCUGCUGAUGGAGCGCUUCCGCAAGAAGGUGCACACCUUGGCCAUGACGGCCGUGAGCUUCCACCAAAUAGACUUCACCUUCGACCGCCGGGUCAUGUCGAGCGUGCUCACCGAGUGCCGGGACCUGCUGCACCAGGCGGUCAACACCCACCUGACAGCCAAAUCCCACUCCCGCAUCAACCACGUCUUCAACCACUUUGCGGACUACGAGUUCCUGUCGGCGCUGUACGGGCCGGCCGAGCCCUACYGCAGCCACCUGAAGAGGAUCUGCGAGGGCGUGAACAAGAUGCUGGAGGAGGACAACAUCUGAAGGGGUUGGCAUGGGCAGCGCCUGCUGCAUCCUGCUGCCCGUGAGAGCGAGGACGGGACAGGACGUACGGCUCUUCCGGYGCUCGCCUGGCUUUGCGUCCUCUUCUCUGCAGUGCUAACUCUCUCGUUUCCUCCUCCUUUAUGCAAGGACUGAACUUCUUUACUCUGGUUAACCCUUGCCCGGGGUUCAGCCUCCCCUGCGCUGGGCUGGGUCCUUCGCGGGCGACCCUGGGCUCCUGCUGUACAUUUCUUUUUCGUGUCCCACCAAGUGCUCUUAGCUCAGAGUCCAAGGAAGCGGCGGGCUUGGACUCACUGCGUUGAACUCGAUGGUAACGCUCCUAUGGAAAAAUAAAUAAACCAAAGACUCCCGGUGCCCGAGAGCUGCGAGGGGAAGCUGAGCGGGGUGGGAUCUCRUUGGAGCGGCUGUGACUUCCUUGCUCCAAGGGCUGCAGGGUGACGGAGCCAUGGGAGCUUCCAGCAGCCCUAGGCAGGUGACGCUGCCCGAGAGGAGAAGGUUCCUCUGCGCUUUGUGGUUUGGAAGGUGCUUUGGCCUCCUCAAAGGCAGGUCCUUGUGCCCACAGGGUCCCCCCUUGCUCGAGUGGCUCCCCUGGCUGGAUGGGUCACUCGGAGGGAGAUAUGGAGUGACCUGCUCCUCCUUUAUGUCCCCAUGCACUUGGUUGUCCAAAACCCCCCUGCACUGCCCCGCCAGGCUCCUGUGGACCUUCCUUGGGAUCUGCCCAAAGCUGUCCCUAGGAUUUCAGCCUGUUUUCCCUGUCCCACACUGAACUAGGACUGUUGGGUUUUGACGAAGUGCAGCCCUGAUGGGUUAUUGAAAUAAACUCCCCUCUGUGGCCUGGC